CUAAAGUGCGUUCCGCGGUUGCUAACGCCGCGACCUUUUUAUCGCUCGAAUGGCCGUUGAACUGGCAAGCGACUAUUUUCCAUAAACUACGGAAUAUGUUUUAUUUCUUUCAAGUAUAUUUCAACAUCUACACAACCAUGAGCACAUUUUUAUAGUCGGCUUCGGGGAACUAUACGCUGAUUCUGCCGGGACGCGUCACCUUGUCUUCUUGCCUGCCCGGAAUGGCUGAACGUCGCUCCCGACCAACGGAAAACUGACCCACGGUUGUCGUCAACAUUCACCGCCACAGAACAGCUGUAACGGUCCGUUGUUGGAACUGGGUUAGCUCUGACUUUCACCCAUGUCACAAGAUAUUUUAAAUAGUCGUUUCCUCUUUUUACGCCGAAUUUUACAAUGGGAGUAUUACUACGGAACCUCCAGAAGGUGGUGCCUCUCCGCCGCGCCAGGCUGCGCCGGGAUGUUGAUAUGCUGAGACACAUUCUGGGCGUUCAGAAAUUCGACCUGGGCAUCAUCUGCGUGGAUAACAACCGGAUCCAGCAGAUUAAUCACAUAUACAGGAAGAAAAAUGUGCCUACGGAUGUCCUCUCAUUUCCAUUCCACGAGGACCUGAGACCUGGUAAGCUGCCAUGCCCCCUCCACAGAGAUGAGCUGAACCUGGGGGACAUUUUCUUGGGGGUAGAGUUUGUGAUGAAGCAGUGUCAGGAGGACUCGCUGGACCUGCAUGGAGCCCUCACUGUCGUCACUGCACACGGUAUCUGUCACCUGCUGGGCUACAGACACGAGACAGAGGAAGAGUGGACUGAGAUGCUGCAGAGGGAAAAAUACAUUCUCAGUGAGUACAACAGACUCACAGGAAGACAUCUGGAGCCGCUGAUGAAGAGAUGUUCUCAGGACAGGUGACAGUGACAUCACCUGUUCCUUUACACUUGCACUACCUGCACUAUGGUGCUUGAUUUUGUUGUUCAUGGGCCUAAAACCAGUGAAACUGCUAUUUUAAAUAAAAUGUUAUUUUAUUAAUUCCUUCAAUCAUGAAUAAACGUACACUGGAUGCCAUCUUCUUCUCCAGGAUCACAAUGUUCAGCUGCUUGAUUGUGGAUUUCCUUUUUUCAAACACCGGCUGUGAGUGUUGUUAAAGGGUUUCAAACAUCAAAUAAAAUAAAAAAGUCUGA